AUGAGCGAGCAACAGCAGCCAGAAACAGGUAGCAGCUUGGAGGCGCAACAGCAGCAGCAGCAGCAACAGCCACAGCAGCAGCAACAGCCACAGCAGCAGCAGAACGGCCAGAGAAUGCCGCGUAAUCACAAUAAUGGAUCCAGAAAUGCGAAUGCCAAGGGCGCCAGAACAAACCAGCAGAAAGCUUUCAGUGGCAGCAACAACAACAACAACAACGGUGCCAGAUACAACAAGAACGGUGGCCACUACAAGGGCAGCAGGAACAACAACGGCAUGAACAAUAUGCAAUGGGGAUACGGAUCGUACAACAUGGCAGGCCAGCCCCAGUACUACCCUUCGUACGGCUACGGCUACAUGCCUGCAAUGGCCGCCCAGGGCUACAACCCGGCUGCGGCUGCGGCUGCGGCCGCUGCGGCCGCUGCAGCCACUGGCUCUGGAAGUCCGGUUGGACCUGCAGGCUCGAUGUCGCCAGCAGACAUGAAUGCCGGCACGCCUCUGGCCUCGAACACACCGCCAGUGUCCAAAAGAAUCGAAAUCACAAACAGAUCUGGCGAGCACGUCGAUCUGAACGCCAUUCACAGCCAGCAUAUGUCCUCCGUUGGGUCGCCCAGUGCGGCUACAGAGUCCCCCAAGAAAGAGCCCAGCACAGCUUCCAGCAACCCAACUCUUGAGUCUAGCGCCCCAGAGUCGGCUGCUUCUACUGAGCCAGUGCAGCCUGAGGCUCCAAAGGAGCCUUCGGCCGAUGAACAGCUCAAAAUGAGUUUCUUGGAGCAAGUCAGAUUGAGAAAAGCCAUGCGUGCGCAGAAGAAGACCACUGAAACCGCACCAGCUGCCUCCACUGAAAAAGUUGAGGCCCCAGAAGUGAUUCCAUCUGCUUCGGAAGUUGUUUCGGAGCCUGCUGUCGCUGAAGUUGAAGAGAAAUCGACAGACCAGGAGAAGCCAGAAACCAAAACUGAACCAGAAACCGAAGCUCCUGAGGCUCAAGAGGAGAAAGAAUCUGCACCCGAAUCCGAAGAACAAAAACAAACUGACUCCGCUGAAAUCACUGAGGAAGUUAAGAGCGCCCCAGCAGAAACCGCUAAGCCUCUCACCUUCGCAGAAAAGUUGCGUUUGAAGAACAAAAUCCCAGCCAAAUCCGAGCCAGCCGAGACUGCUGCCUCUGAACCUUCUUCUACCUCUGCAGAUGAUGCAAAGAGUGAGCCAAAAGCCGAUGAGACAGCUACCGUUGAGGAGCCUCUAAAGACAGAAGGAUCUGAAACCACUGACGAAGUUGCUGAAACUGAAAAAGAAGAAGCAAACGUUGAGGACUCUAACAAGGAUGACGAAUCUGUCACCGCUGGCUCAACCACCAACGCAGAAGGCAUCGCUGAGAACCAAGAGGCUGAACAAAGCACCGAAGGUAAAGACGAAGCUUCUGUGGAUGACGAAUCUAAAAAGGCCGAGCUCGAAGCUGAUGCGGACGUCGACGAUGGAAGAAUGACAAUGACAGAACUUCUGCAAAGACUGCAGGAGAUCAACGUUGUGGAAGACGCCUACACAUUCGAAUACCCUGAGGGCAUUGAGGCCCCUGAUGCUAGACACAAGAAGGAAACCGUCAAAUACACUUACGGUCCUGCCUUCCUGUUACAGUUUCAAGAUAAAGUGAACAUUCGCCCGGACGCUGAAUGGAAACAGAACGUAGCAUCGAAAAUUGUGAUUCCUCCUGGAACUGUGAGACAGGGUGGUAGACCUAGAGGCGACUCGAAGUUUGGCCCUGGAGCUAACUUCAAGAAGAGUGGAUCUAUGAGAGGUAUGGAUGGCAGAUCUAACUCGAGGUCCAACUCUAAGAGAAAAUCCAAGAGAAUGGGUGAUGACAGAAAAUCCAACAGAGCAUACACGUCGAGAAAGGACCGUGAAAAGAUGGCUGAAGAAGAGGCCCAGAAAGUUCAAGAGGAUGUGGCUCCACUUGUGCCAAGUGCCAACAGAUGGGUUCCAAAAUCCAAGCAAAAAAAGACUGAAAAGAAGUUUGCCCCAGAUGGUGUCACCGAACUACUCGAAAAGGAGGAAGUGGAGAGAAAGAUGAAGUCUCUGCUGAACAAGCUUACUUUGGAAAAGUUCGACCCAAUUUCCGAAGAUAUUAUUAAACUUGCUGAUCAAUCUAAAUGGGAAACCGAUUGCUUGACUUUGAAGGUCGUAAUCGAAGAGAUUUUCCUAAAGGCUUGUGACGAACCACAUUGGUCUUCGAUGUAUGCACAGCUGUGUGGUAAAGUUGUUAAGGAUAUGGAUACCGAAAUUAAGGAAGAAGGCGUUGAUGGAAAGACCGGUCCUAAAUUGGUUUUGCAUUACUUGGUUGACAGAUGUCAUGCUGAGUUCCAAAAGGGUUGGACCGAUAAACUGCCUACAAAUGAAGACGGCUCUCCUCUUGAGCCUGAAAUGAUGUCUGACGAAUACUACCAAAUGGCAGCCGCCAAGAGAAGAGGUCUUGGUUUGGUGAGAUUGAUCGGUUUCUUGUACCGUUCUCAUCUAUUGACCGCCAAGAUGAUGUUUGAAUGUUUCCGCAGACUAAUGAAGGAUUUGGCUGACAGUCCCUCUGAGGAAACUUUGGAAUCUGUUCUUGAGCUUCUAAAUACGGUCGGUGAACAGUUCGAAGGUGAUCGCUUGGUUCAACAAAGUGGCUCCCUUGAAGGUUCCACGGUCUUGGACCAAUUGUUCUACAUGUUGGACAAGGUCGUUGAGGCCGAUCAAAUUUCUAGCAGAAUUAAGUUCAAAUUGAAGGACAUGAUAGAGCUAAGAGAGGUCAAGAACUGGAACAGUGUAAAGCGGGACGAAGGCCCCAAGACUAUCCAACAGAUUCAUGAGGAAGAGGCCGCCAAGAAAGCUAUGGAGGAGAGAGAGCGUAAAUACAAGGGUAGCUCCAGAUCUGGUUCGAGAAGAACCAACUCCAACAAUAUGAUGGGCGCUAGAAGCAAUUCCAGAAGGGAACCAGCUCCAGUCUCCAAGGACAGCUUUAUCUCCACGCGCUCUUCCUCUUUGAGACAUGUUCAAAAUGCAGCCAAGGAAGAAGCUCCUCAACAGAAAACUGCUGUUAACAUGUUCGAUGCAUUGAUGGGUGCUGAAUCCGAUGAUGAUGAAUAA